AUGUCCGACGACGAGCGAAUCACACCCGGCACAGCCGACGACGAACUUUCGUUGCCCAAAGCAACCGUUCAAAAACUCAUCUCCGAACUGCUGCGCAAAGAAAUCUCGUGUUCAAAAGAAACUCGAGAUCUGCUGAUCGAAUGUUGUGUCGAAUUCAUCCACCUUGUUUCCUCAGAGUCGAACGAAGUCUGCGAAAAGGAUGGCAAAAAGACGAUAGCGCCAGAACAUGUGUUGAAAGCGUUGGACGAUUUGGGUUUCCCUGGCUUUGUCCAAGAGGCGAAAAGUGUACUCCUCGAACACAAGGCAGCCCAGAAGGAUAGGGAGAGAAAAACAACACGAAUGGAACAAAGCGGCUUGGGCCAAGAAGAGUUGCAAAGACAGCAGGAGUUACUCUUCGCAGCCAGCAAGGCUAGGUUCGAGGCCUCAAACUGA